UUGGCAGACGACUGCGGAACGCGUAGCAGCUCCACCGCACGCGCUUCGGUACAUCGGGGCUCCAAAACGAGGCAACACCACACCAUCCAUCCAUGGUGGCGACGGAGUAAUCGGGCCUACCACCACGUGGCUGAAAGAGAAACAUCGACUUCCGACUUUGGUGACAGUGCAGUGCUCUGGGAUAUACUUGAUUAGUGUGCUAGUGCGCGACGGAAGUGACUCGGACAAGUAGCCUGGAGUGCCAUCCAGUACCUUCAUGGCACAGCCACGGGUGUAACUUUUAGAAUAAGGCUGUUCCAACACUAGUCAUCAAAAUUCUCAUCAUGGAUGUCCUUCAAAAAAACUACGACGAUGGCAUCCACCCGGGAUACAUGGACGGCGGCGCCAGUGGCGGCAUGUACGAGCCGCACGUGGCCCACAGGCCGUCGCUGCCCGGCCUGCACCACUCUCCCCACCUCGGCCACGCCAUGCACCCCUAUCACUCGAACCACGUCAGCGCCGCGGCGAACCACGUCAUGGGCGGCGCCGUACCUGACGUCGGGAAGCGGGACAAGGACGCCAUCUAUGGACAUCCAUUGUUUCCUCUCCUGGCAUUAAUUUUUGAAAAAUGUGAGUUAGCGACAUGUACACCACGAGAACCUGGAGUAGCAGGAGGAGAUGUGUGUUCGUCAGAAUCGUUCAAUGAAGAUAUAGCAGUUUUCUCGAAACAGAUACGACAAGAAAAACCUUAUUACAUAGCAGACCCAGAAGUAGACUCAUUAAUGGUGCAGGCAAUACAAGUUCUUCGGUUUCACCUCCUGGAGUUAGAAAAAGUACAUGAGCUGUGUGAUAACUUCUGUCACCGGUAUAUAAGUUGUUUGAAGGGCAAGAUGCCAAUAGACUUAGUGAUAGACGAGAGGGAUGGGGGUAAACCGCCCGAAUUGGCUGGUUCGACGAACGGAGAUGGGGGCACCAGGAGCAACGCUGAUUCCACCUCGCACACAGAUGGCGCUAGUACGCCGGAUGUCAGACCGCCAUCGUCGUCGCUAUCCUACGGAGGGCCGGUCAACGAUGACGUCAGAUCCCCCGGCACACCUGGACCUCUUUCUCAACCCCCCGCCUCGCAGCAAAGUCUCGACGCCACGGAUCCUGGGAGGCUGGACCCUUCUUGGGCAGCUUUAGUGUUUUGGCACCUGGAAGGUGAGAAAACGCUUUUGCUGGGCCAGCUGACGGUUUUCGCGAGCAGUGCAUGUCCAGCACUCAUAACGUGA